AUGGCUGCCGUAGGCUUAUAUCUGUCGCUCAUGCGGGACGCGGGCGCCCCAGGAAGACCACAUCAGGUGGCCGCGCAGCGGGGGGAUCCCCGGGAGGCGGAGGGCGUGCUGGCUGACAUGGCGGACGCCGGCCUGCCGCCGGGGCCGCGCGCGUGGCACGUGCUGGCGCUGGCGCACCUCAAGGCGGGGGACGUGGACGGCGCGCUGGAGGCCAGCGUUCGCGCCGACACGGCCGGCGUGGUGCUGCUGCCGGACACGUGGUGCGCCCUGGUGUACGGCAUGCUGCAGGGGGAGGAGCCCGACGUGGCGGGGGCGCGCGACAUAGCCGCCACGGUGGAGGACUCUGGUGGCGACGUGGUCCCGGCGCGCCGCGUUCUGCUGAUCGAGCUGUCGCGCCGCGGGCUGCACGCGGAGGCGCUGCAGGAGGGCGCAGCGCUGCGCGGCGGCGGCGGUUUUGAGGGCGCGGCGCUGGACGCGCCGCGCGCGCUGGAGGCGGCGGCGGCCUACGCGGAGAGCCUGUGCGCAGAAGGGCAAUACGUGAGCUGGGUGGCUGUUUGGCGCAAGCCGGGGGCUCAGCGAUGGGGCCGUGCCUGGGGUGGACUCUACCCCGCCUUCGGUCUGGACUGCAGCGGCAGAGCUGGUGCUGGGGCGGCUCACGAGCAGGGGGCCGACGCCACUGAGUUUGCCCAGGAGCUCUCCGUCACCGGCCGCGCCGACGCCGUCGCGACCCGCAUCACCGCCGCCCUCGUGCGCGCGACCGCCCUCGCCGGCGACAUCGCCGCGGCCCAGAGCCUGCUGGACGAGGCGGUGCGUGACGGCGAGCGGCUGGACGCGGCCUGCUACAACGGGCUGAUCGCGGGGCUCGUCAAAUGGAUGGCGCCGGCCAACGGCAACGGCGGUGGCGGCGGCGGCGGGGUCAAUGGCGGCGCGGUCAGGGGGGACAACGUGUACGGCAUCAGCCUCGAGGACCAGUGA